CAUGCGUAGUGCAUGACACUUGUUGGAGCGGAAGUAGGGAAGUUGCUAUUUUUUUGAAAGUUUUAACCAGUUUACACCGAUAAACACAUCAGGAUUCAAAAUGGCUGAUGAAGAGGAAGUUAUAAUGACCCCAACGAAGAAGGGAAAGGCAACUCAUAUCAGAAUAGAGCGAAAAUCGAAGCUGAACUUUGGCAACGGAGAACUGGAACAGAGGCAUCAUGUUGGUGGUGGGGAACACAGGGGUCUCGUUAUUAACAAGUCAUCACAAGGUGAAAAUGAAGAAGAUCUUGGGAAGCCACAGGUACAGCUAGGCUUCAACUGUUUCCUUGUAGAUACUAAAACUGGAAAACAUGCUGUGGAGAGCCGCAAGCUGAAGUUCUGGUAUGUAGACACUGCUGAUUAUCUGGACCAGGUUACCACAGGCUUUAACUUCUUUAGAGAACUUCUUAAACCAGAAAACUUCCCUAAAGAUUACGUAGGAUUUAUUCGGAAAUGUAUGAAACAAAUGCAGAAACCAGAAUACAGUCUUGCACGUAAAAUCAAUCUCGAAAUAGAGCUGCUUGACGAUGAAUCUGCACCACAUAGUCCAGACUCUCCGAUAGCGGAAAACGGAUAUGGAAAGGGUUUAACUGCUGAUGAAUUAAUGGGUCUUACUAGACAUGACCCUCGGCCGUGGGAAGAAAUUGUACGGGAGAAGUUGUUACAUGUUUUGGAGUCGGCCUAUCCCAACAUUCUCUCUGUUGAAGAUCUUGUCAGGAUUGUAGACGCUGAUGAAGCCUGUGUGCUGGAACAGCUUGCAGAACUACAGAGAAAAGAUCUUAUCAGAUCCCUGGAAAGUGGAGGUUUUGUUAGACAUGUACUGGAUAUUAAAACCGAGGUGCAGGAAGUUAAGCAGAUGAUGACUGUAUCAGCCAAUCAACAACCAACAAUAGCAAUCAUAACAGCUAAUUACUGUGAAAAACUUGCCGUAGACGCAAUGAUGGAAAAUAAAACUACAUACGUUAAAUUUAAAACAGGAGGUGAAUCUAAUGCAUACACAAUAGGAUAUAUUGGAGAACAUAAAUGUGUAUCCACCAAGCUUCCUAUGAUAGGACAUGAUAGAUCUGCACAAAUUUCAUCUGGAAACACUACUACUAGACUUUUAGGAACAUUCCAGCAAAUUGAACAUGUAUUUAUUGUUGGGGUUGCCGGUGGUGUCCCACAUUUCACAGAUUAUUACAAACAUCCGAGACUCGGUGACGUUAUGAUAUCCGAUUGCUCCAGAACUGGCGAUAUUUAUUACUACUGCGACAAAAUCUUACAAGAGAAGGAUGGAACCAUAACGUACAACACUAAGGCGUUCCGACCUAGAGAUGGCUUCCUACAGAAUGUUCUUGAUACAAUAAAAGAACAGCGGUUGAUGAGGAAGUUCGAACCUUGGCGGAAGUACAUCAGAGAUGGGCUGGAACUGCUGGCCACACAGGAAGCAGAUUAUAACAGACCACCCCCCGAGACUGACAGGUUAACAAUGGUGAUUGGUGAGGGAAAUGUUAUAGAAAUGCAGCACCCACAUCACCCCGAGGGUAUUGAUGAACGACAAGGUAUGCCUAAGAUACACUACGGCGUCUUCGGUGCCGGUAAAAGAUUCUCCAAGGCCGACGACUUGCGUCUAGAUUUCGCAGGCAGAUACAAUGUCAACUCCUUCGAUUCAGAAUUCGACCAAGUCCUGGAAGGGGUUGUAGGCAGCGUGAAGGAAAGUUUCAUGUUCAUCAGAGGAAUGUCCGACUACAGCGACGGGAUGCAGAAACAGGAAUGGCAACCAUAUGCAGCGCUAGCUGCAGCCGCUGUGAUGAAAUCGAUAAUUUUGUCAUUUUCUAGCCCAUACAUUUCUGAGGACGAGCUUGAAUAACUUGCCUGUAUAACAAAAUAAGAUUUUUUUAAAAAGGAUUUCAAUGCUUCGCUUACCAAUAUGUUUAUAUUAUAUAAUGUAUGUUACCUGUUUAGAAACUGUUGUAAUACAGGACAGAAGUGCAAUUCUCAUUUAUUGUUUUAAUAUUCCAUGGAGAAUUUCAUUUGUAUAAAGCACAUACACAAUCAUGUAAUCAUUUAUUGUUGAACUACUUGCAAAAAUCAGAGAGAAGCUGAAAUACACAAAAGAAAACUGUUCAGUGCUAAAAGGCUUCCCACCAUUUGGUUUUGUAGAUUUUUCAGAGGGUAUUGGGCACACUCGAGUGCUCAAAGUUGGAAAUAGAAUUUAAGAAGGCAGUGAAAAUACCUGUUUAUUUGACAUCAGAAUAAUGUCAGAAUCAGUUAGUCUGAAAUACACUGAUUAAAAAUUAAAACUUUUGUAGAAUAGAUAUUUAAGUAGUGAUUUUUGUAUAAUACUUUAGUAAAGUAGAAAAAUUAAUGUGUCCCAUUGUAGAGAUGGUAAAGGGAGAAACCAUAUUUAACAGCAUUGACAUCACUUGGUUGCCAAAAUAGUUCUUGAAAGCACAUCAUCAAAUCAUUUCAUCAAAGAAAAAAUUCUAUAGCACAUUUUUUAUGUUUUUAACUUUAUAAAUCAUAAAUGUUAAACUAUCACACAUUUUUUCGACUUAAAAUGUUUCCAUUAGGGGCAUUUAGGGAAGGAGUCGUUGAUUAUUUAACAAGUAGUUAUAAAGCAGUUUUCUAUUGGUGUAUUUCGUACAUAGGUACUAACAGUCUACAUUGAUGCAUAAUUACCCGUGGUAAUCUCCUUUGAUAAAAAAAAAGUAUAUAUUUCCUUGGCAAAUUGUUUUUGGUUUUUUUUUUAGAAUUUACGUAUAACGCUUAUUAGUUAGUAAAACUCAGGCAGUAUAUUACUUUAUUUUUAGAUAUUUUUUUUUAUGUUUUGUGUUAACUUCCUAUUCUAUCAGGCUGGUACUAUUUGAAUGUUUUGGUUGUAUUAAUUAAUUAGUAUGUUGAUAGCAACAGAAACGUACAGUUUAAAGUUAAGUUUCUAAAUUUCUUCACAAUUCAGUACAAACUGUCUAGAGCAUACACAUGGGAAGACUAAAAUCUGUCCACUGUACAGAGAUGUUUCCUCUGAAAAUGUUUAAGUGAAUAAGAAUGGUUCUUAAUUGGAAAGAAAAUAUACAGGCAAACUUGUAUUGAGCAACCUCUUAAGGUAAACACAAUCUUUUGCUUAAGGCAGGUGAUUGCUUAAGAAAACUUUAAAUUAGAACAAAAAGUAGGCUCUUGAUAUUAGUUCACUGGCUGUUUAAGACAAGUGGUUGCUUUAUACAGGUAACUGCAAAAACAGGUUCAGUUGUAUGUCUUUUUAUACAGAAGUUUGCUUUUAAGAGGUGUUUUUAACAGAGGUUGUACUGUACAUAAUUAGUUGAACUAAUUAAUAAACUACAUAGUUUAAGUUGUACAAACUGAUUGAAUUUCUUUUGCUAGAUUUUCAGUGACAAGUAGCUGCUUUCAUGCUAGUAUAUUAUGUUGGGUUGUGAUUUUAAGGUGUAUUGGACAUUUUUAUAGAUUUUUAAGCGACUGUAUAUGUAGAUAUCUAUAUAAAAGGAGCUAUCAUAUUGUUUUUAGAUUUAUUUUUGCCUACAUAAUUAUAUUUUUUUGUAAAACUCGUAUCACAAAAGUUGGAUUUUAUGAAAUGUGAAACAAGAAUAGAAGUCUUUACAUUGAAUAUGAAACGUUUUGAAAUAUGUUGUUUAUAAUACUUUAUAUUCUCCGUUCAACAUAGUUGCUUGAAAAGCAAUAAAGGUUAUAUUGGAUUGUUGGAUCCGCUAUUUGAUACGUUCUAUUUAUUUGGCUUAAAUUAGAUGAAUUGUUAUAUUGCAUUUAUAGUUUUGUCGUGUAUUAUGUAAUAUGCUGCUUUCCACAUGUGCAUAUAGAAUUGUAAAUCGGUAGUAAAAAUUAAAAAAGUAUUUUUUCAGUGGAUUUUUGAAAUAUAACUGUGAAAUAUCUGGACAUUCUACAGUGAAAAUUAACUAUGCCAGCAGAAAUGAGUAUUGGGGAAGACAUGAAAAUCAAAAAGAUUUUCUUCGUUAUGAAUUUAUAUGUAAAACUUGCUGUUCACAGGUCCUGAAUUCAGUAAAAAAAAAAUUAGAAGUCUGAAAAUCUACUUUCCAAGGCCUGAAAUACUUUUUCCCAAAAGAGUUGUAUAGGAAAAUUCUGGCAGUCAAAAGCCAGUAAUUUAGGACUAGUUAUGAAAAAUCCCUGGGAAAAAUAUUUUGAUCUUAAUGAAACAAACCAAACAUUCUUUCAUGUACGCUUUAUUGUAUUAUAAUCAAGCAUACAUGAGAAAUACAGACUUAUUUGCUCUAGAGUGUAAAGGUACCACUUCCUUAAAAUUUCUUAUUUUUAAGUGGUCAUUUAAACAUUUGAAAUUUUUUUUUUUUACUUUUUAAUUGCUAUACAUUACUUAGGUUGUUUAAGUUAUAUAUACAUAAUGUAUGUUGUAUCGUACAAAGUAAAAAUUUAAGGUGUAGAAAUAUUUAAAAUUGUUUAUUACUUGAUGUAAACAUUUUUACAUUUACUCUUUGGUGUACAUUUUGUUUGAACAAUAUUCCUUUAUAAAGGAAUAAAACCAUCUAUACUAUUCUGUUAUUGUAGAUAAAAUUAUAUUUUUAAUAAACUUGUAUUUACAUUUCGUGCAGUAAUAAUUCAUUCAGGCUUCAGUUUGUACACAUCAUGGUAUUUUGAAAUGCUGUUAAUUUUUAAAUAAAGCAGACUGCCUAACUCAGAUUUCAAUGUUUUUCCCAAUUCUUUUACUUGUCAAAAUCUUGUAUUUCCAAAAGUAUGUGGACAGUUUUCAAAGAAAAUUCAUAGCUGGAUUCUAAUUAUACAUUAUGGAUAGUUUGGGUUGUUUUGACUGUUGUCUAGAAUGAUUUAACUUCCAAAUCUUGAAUUUGUCAGUUAGGGACUUUAAAAUGAAUGUUUUCUGAACCCAUUGUUUUAUUACUGCCUAAUUCUUCCUAUAUGUAACCAUGCCACCCAUAUCGCCUGCUAUAUAUAAAUAUAUAUGUACCGGCUUAAACAAGAUACAUGAAAUUUCGUUACACUUGUUUCAAAAGUAUUAUUUACAAAAAGAAAAAGUUGAAACUCACGUUUCCAAAGCUUAAAGUUCAAAGACAGCUAUAUAUGCAAUACAGAAAAAUCUUUUUAAAGUUAUUGCAUUGUGAGUGAUAAUAGAAACAAGGUAAAUGUUUAAAUAAAACAAAAUAGGUUAAACACAAUGAGAAGUUUAGAAACUUGCGAUACAACCUUGUGAGAUUUAUUUCAGUUCAAGGUCUCUGGUCUGUCAUGACUAUGCUCUCAAGUUUAUUUCAUCGGUACAUUGAUACAUUUUAAAUAUGUAUUGUUUUUACUUGCACAAGAAGAUCCAUUUUCAAGACAUACUUUGCACUGCAUUUUCAGUCAUGAAUACAAGUUGUAUUUUUCUUACGAUCAUUAUAACCAUUUUUACCACAAUAACUCAGCAGUGUUGAAAGGUUGUAUAUUGGUUUACAGAAUGUGCUGAAGUAUUUCCCAUAUAUAUAUCACAAGCUGAAAGUGUUAACCUUUGUGUAUUUGUGGCAUUUAUAAUUCGGACAUAGUAGCAUUUUUCUGCAAUUUAUAAUCUUUCUAAUAAAACAAAAGAACUGUAACAA